GCAUUAUUCUUUUCGAGAUCCCUGACAGUUUUGGUCGGAAGAGUUUGGAUUUCCAAUCCGGAUUCUUCUCCCCUCAUUUCCUCCUCUUCCUUUCUCUCAACUUCUUUUUCUUCUUUGUUGUUUUCCUGGCCAAUGGAUUGAUAUUUGGAUUACUCUGCUCUUUUUCUUUCUUCUUUUUCUAAAACUGCUAUGGUAAUCCAUGUUCGUAUUUUGUUUUUUUUUUUUUUAAUGUAACACCAAGUCAAAAUUCGAACUAGUUUUCCGGAAAAGAAACUUUCGAUUUUCGCGCACAAAAACCAGAAGAGUCUGGAGUCUGGAAUCUGGAUCAGAGACUGCUAGCGAUUUUUUCAUAUUUUGCUGAGAUAAUCGAGAAGCCAAACCGCAAAAGCAGUCUUCAUUAUAAGAUUUUGUUUUCCAGUAACUCCUCAUUGUAUGUCUCUUUUCAACGACAUGGCACUCUGUUUUGUUUCAAUACUCUCUGCUUUCUAGCCUUGCUUGCUUUUCUGUUUGGCUAUAAAGCUUUUGGUUCCUGAGAAUAAGGUCUGUCGCGAGGGAGAUGGCUAAAAUUUUGAGUGUUUUCUCGUUGAGGAACUUGUUUUUUAUGUCAGUCGCUUUGAAUUUGAGCUUGAUUUUGAGAUUCAUGAAUGAAGAUGGAGAAAGGGGGCUUACUGUUCUGUCAUGGCACAAACAAGAAUUUGGAACAGAUUUAGACGGGGAAAACAGAAAGAGAAGGCGGCCUCUGUUUUCUUCAGAUAACAGUACCGGCGUGGGAGAUGACGAUGAUAAUGGCCGAGUCGUCAACCUUGACCAUGGGGAUCCAACAAUGUAUGAGAAAUAUUGGCAAGAAAUGGGUGAGAAAACCACCAUUGUGAUUCCUGGAUGGCAAUCCUUGAGCUAUUUUUCUGAUAUCAGUAACCUUUGCUGGUUUCUGGAGCCGGAAUUUGGCAGAGAGAUUGUCAGAUUGCACAAUGUGGUGGGCAAUGCGAUCACUGAUGCACGCUACAUUGUGGUCGGGACAGGUUCAACGCAGCUCUAUCAGGCUGCACUCUAUGCUCUUUCUCCGCCCGAUGCACCUCAACCAAUAAGCGUUGUCUCUGCAGUCCCAUACUAUAGUUCAUAUCCAUUGAUCACUGACUGCCUGAAGUCUGGGCUCUAUAAAUGGGCGGGAGAUGCGGGUAGUUUCAAUAUAGAAGGUCCAUAUAUAGAACUUGUGACAUCCCCCAACAACCCAGAUGGUUUUGUUAGGAAUUCUGUGGUAAACCGUAGUGAGGGGAUAUUGAUUCACGAUCUCGCGUACUACUGGCCACAAUAUACUCCUAUAGUCUCCCCAGCAGACCACGACCUAAUGCUGUUCACUGUUUCCAAGAGCACCGGCCAUGCUGGGAUGCGAAUUGGAUGGGCCCUUAUUAAAGAUCGAGAAGUUGCAAAAAAGAUGACCAAGUUCAUAGAGAUCAACACCAUAGGUGUAUCCAAGGAUUCACAACUUCGAGCAGCAAAGGUAUUGAAAACUGUUUCUGACAGCUGCAGCGAACAUUCUGACAGAAACGGCAAGUCUUUUUUCACAUACAGCUACAAUGAAAUGUCUUCAAGGUGGAAGCAAUUGAGAGAAGCAGUGAAGCAAAGUGGGCAUUUCAGUUUGCCAGACUUUCCCUCCGAAUUUUGCAAGUUUCUUGGCUAUAAAUUUGAGCCUCAACCUGCUUUUGCAUGGUUAAAAUGCGAAGGGGAGAUAACAGAUUGUGAGAGCUUUCUAAGGAGCAAGAAAAUCCUGACAAGAAGUGGGAAACACUUUGGGUUUAGCCCAAAAUACGUGAGGAUAAGCAUGUUAGACCGGGAAGAAAAUUACAAUAUUUUUGUAAAAAGAAUGUCGGUGAUAAAGAUGAAAAUUGAUGAGACUUGCAUGUAAAUCGUGUGACAAAACAGUGGAUAAACUUAAGUCUAACACAGCUGUAGGAGCAACCAAGGUGUUCUUGCACACAUAGAAAGAACAUCUUGAGUGAGCUCUGUAUUUUGUUUAAUCAUCAGUAGUGAAUCAAAAUAUAAAAAGAGUUAUCAACUAUGGCUUAUCACGACUUUUAUGGCCGUUCCUUAUCAUGUAUAUAAUAUGGCCAGUCAAUAUUCAUAUUUACUAGCGUAAGAUGGUUUUAAAGUAUUAAUGGCCAGAAAGAUAAUAUUAAUUCAAUUUCA